AAUCUGUAACAUUCUAGAUUCUCAUUUGUUGUCAUUGUCAUUUCAUGCUGGCAGAACACAGCAGUAAUCCCAGCUCAGAUGUUACUCUUGAGGACCUGCUGAAACAGAAGCCUGGGUUUUUCCCGAAACUUCAGAUCACACCUGAUGACUCCACAGCACAGCAGAAACAUAUGCCAGUCUCACCAAGAGGAAAUGAAGAAGGGGUGAACACUUUCCAACAGCAGGGCAAACAGAGCUGGGAACAAGACGAAACUGAGCUCAUGUUUCCUGAAGUUUUCACUCGGGAGCUCAAAGUGCCUAAAUUUUCCAGUCUGCGGUCCACCUUCCUGGAAGAAGUCAGCUCCAAGAUGCUUCUUAUGAGAAGCUAUGAUCCACCGAUCUGGUCAAAGACCUUUGACAUUAAACACAAAACGAGAUUAAUGCACAACCUCUCGCUCUCUCAUAUGGCUGACACUCAGAGAAUUAUGGCAAAAAAUGGACUCAGUCUGCAAUGCACAGAUGGUUUCAGCAUUAAAGAAUUGCUGGAGCAUGAAUGUCCCCACAACAUCCAAACUCAGAAGUCCAGAUAUCCCACAGAGCCUGACUUUACACACCUGAGUGAUAAAGGAACAUCUGAGAGCCCAGAAUCCUUCACUGAGAGUCCAGAUACUCAUUUCUCACCAAGUCUCCAUCCGGCUGGAAAAAGCGCAGAUGAAUCCCCAUCUAGUUCUGCUGAAGACACUCAAUCAUCAUAUACAGACAUGCCUCUAUGCAUAGCUGACGUCUAUACUAGUCAAUCUGGUGAGGUGGAAAACUCAGAUGUGAAGAUGUGGUCAAAUUAUACAUAGAGGACUUGUCACUUUAAAACAAACUUUCAGAAUAAAUGUGCAAAAACUUUUCCCUAGGGACACCUUCUUUACCCCUAAAGGGUGCUUACUUUGGAGUAAUACUCUUUGCAAACUGGUUAUAGUACUAUUAUGAAGUAAAGACUGUACAACGGUGUCCCUUUAAGUUGUACCCUCUUUUUUCUGAGAGUGCAGGUCCAGGAUACUGUUAGGUGAUGGAGAGGACAGAAGUUAGAGACGUCCUGCUUAACUCAUAAAUGCAUUUUAUUUUAUCACAUUGUUUACUUUACUGUGUAUUGAGUCAAUAAAUACCAUAAAAUAAUUUCAGAAAGGUUUUGUUGUUUCUAUAAAAUCAUAAACAUUUUAACCGGAAGUUUUGUCGCCAAGAUGACUCUAUUUUAUGAACGCCCAUCGUCCUGAUACGCGCCCAUUGUCCUGAUUCCUCCGCUCUUGACACCUCUGGAGAAAGAUUCCCAAGGGCUUUAUACUCCUAAACAUCUUCAACACCUAGUCAUGGACUUGCAUUACACCCCUUGAAUAU